UAAGCAAUUACCAUUAUAUAUAUAAGGAACUUGUAUAGUUUCCAUUAUAAUAUAUUUAUAUAUCUCAGCAAACUCCAUUGACAAAUUUUCUUGCUAACUCAAAACUUGGAUAUCAUCAUUCAAAGAGAAAUUCUUGUUGAUCUUUCAGAAUUAAUACAAGCUAUAUGUCGACAACAGCAUCAGUUUCUUCUCCUUACAGUUCUAUCAUCCUUCAAAGCAGUCGCAGUGGCAGUCCCAGCAAACAUUGUCAGGCUUCAAUCUUUCACUCCGGUUGUCUCGCAAAGCGCAAUGAAAAAUGUCAUUUCCUUGGAAAUUCCAGCUCGCUAUACCUCAAAACCAGCCACCUGGAAAUGCUUAUUACCGGAAAAACAAAGAUGGACAUGGUUGUGAACAACGGUGUGGUACCAGGGCCUCCGUUUCCUGAUUCAGAUACUUUUCCUGGUUCUUGGAAAGGUUGGAUUUUAGGACUGCUUAUGACAGUGAUUCUACCCUUUUUGACGAACAAGUGGGGACCAUUGCUUAAAUUCAAAAAGGAUGUGGAAACAGCUGUGGACACGGCAGAAGAUGUACUGGAAAAGGUAGAAAAAGUGGCAGAAGAUAUAGGGAAAGUAGCAGAUGAAAUUGGUGAUCAUCUUCCGGAAGGUGCAAAACUUAGAAAAGCUGCUCAAUUUGUAGAAGAUAUAGCCAAAGAAACAGUCAAGGAUAUAAAUUUAGCUGAAGAUAUCAUUGAUAAGGUUGAGGAUGUGGAAAAGGAUGUGGAGUCUUUCAUAGGACCAUGGGUCAACAAUCAAGCGGAUAAGACAACCCAAGAUACAAAUGCAAAGAGCGCUUAAACGAAGGAAACUAUAAAAUCAAGAAAGUUUGUGAACAAAUUAGCAUUGAAAAGCUUGCAACCUGUAUAUUUCUUUUGUUUAAUUGUAUUGUAUAGACAUAAAUACGCAAUUCCAUUUAACUCUUUAAUAAGGAUAUUCUUAUUUUAUUUAUUUUUCCAAAUAAGAUAUGCCGUUAUAAUUUA